ACUUUCAGUUUCACAUGCUCAACAACAAACGAUCAUCGGACAAGAUUCAGUUCUUUAAAAACUUUGCGUGCGAAUGGACGUUUAAACGAAAAAGUUUUGGGAUUUGUGCCAAAAGAAAUUGUUUUGUGGCUUAAAUAAAACGAGAAGAUUUUUUUAAACCGAAAUAAAGAUAUAAUAAUAACAAAAAAAGAAACAAAAAUCUUAGUGUGUUUAGUUAAGAAGGCUAAAAGAAAUUGUUUGGCUAAAAUUAUUUAAAAAAUAUAUAUUUACAAAAGAAAUUACCAUAAUUUUUAUUGCAACUUAACGGUUUUCUGUUUUUGAAAAAGAUUUUAAAAUUUAAAUAACAAAAAAAAUUUCAAAUUAUUAAUAUUAAACGGUAAUAAAAUUAAAAAGCGUCAUAAAAAUUCAUUCGUUUGUCGGAGUUUAUAUUUUUUUAAGAAAAUGUGCUUGUCUCUUUGUGGUUUAAUUUUCAAUUAAAAUUUUGUAAAAUUUUUUUCCUGUUCUAAGUGGUCAUUACACUUUUUAGUGGCAAAUUUCUUUGCUUUACUCGUAGUUGGUGUUUAAGUGCUAUUUUUAACUUAAUGUUUGGAGUAAUUCUCCUUUAACAAGAAGUUAACAGGAAAAAAAAAACUUUUUUAUAAUUUUUUGUGAAUUUCUGUAUGCAAAAGUGGAAAUAAUUACUUUGGCUUUUUACGUCUGUUUAUUAUCAUCAAGUGAAAAUUAUUUAUUUUGUUUUAAAAGAAACAAGCGUCAAAUUCCACGCAAGAAGAAAGCAACUAAGGAGGAGACACAAACUCCUCAUAAAACCUAGAAAAUAACACACAAAAAAAACUCAACCAAACUAAAACCACCACCAUGAAAGUAACUAAAUCCAUGUGUCAUCUAACAAUAAUUGUUUUAUGUUGUCUUUUAUCAGUUUUAGCUGAAACUCUAGACACACGACAUUUACAAAAACAACAUCUAAAACAUUUAGCACAACAACAACAACAGCAGCAGCAACAAACACAUCAUCAACACAAUCAACAUUCACAUCAUCAUCGACAACAUCUAACAAAAGUAAGACAACAAUUAUUAAAUAGCCCCAACAAUGCAGCUGCUGUCAACACUAGACAAUCAAGAAAAUUAGAUUUAAAAUCACCAACAACUUCAAUAGCUUCACAUCUAGAAAAUCCCAAUAGUCAAGUGGAACUUAUUGAAAAUGUUAAGAAUAUCAUACCAAAGAAUACAACAGCCCAUGGCAGCUCUACUAAAUUGAGACGUCUAAGUGCUAAAGAUUAUUAUAAUAAAUCCAUACAGAGACGUUAUAAUGCACGACGUAAUGCUCAUGAUGAUUGGGCCUAUAAUACCUAUAAUGUUCAUACGAAUACAUAUGUUCCAACUCAAACGCAAUCUCAUGCCGGUAAGGGUGAUGAUAAUAGUGAUGAUGUAGAAUUUGUUAGUAAUACAGGAGUAAAAUCUUUACCUGAUUGGUCGAGACGUGGUUAUGGUCCAGCAAUGGUACCAACUUCGGGUCCUACACGUAAGACAACAACAACAUCAACUACAACUUUGGCCCCACCUGCCAUGAUACCAGCCAGACGUGGUUAUCCCUUAGCGCCACCCACUAGUGUGGGAUCUGAUAGCCCCACUACUGAAGAUCCUUUCGAAACGAAUGUUAUUAGUAGAAAUCCAAGUGGUAUGGAUCCCAAGGAUAUGGAAAACAAUUUGUGCAGCCCGCUGUCAAAAUGGGGGAACCUGUAUGGGUCCCGAAACAUGUUCCUGUCCGGCGGGUUUUAGUGGCCGCUAUUGUGAGCACGAUAUUAAUGAGUGUAAAGAAGAGAAACCCUGUGAUCAAACCUGUAUUAAUACAGUGGGUUCCUACUAUUGCAAGUGUCGUGAAGGCUUCUCAUUACAGGCAGAUCAGCAAAGUUGUAAAA